UGCAAAAACGCUGUGCACAACACAAUCCCCAAUUCUCCGUCCGGCUCAACACCAUCUACACUCGCAUCCCGAUCUGAUUAUCCGAGCAGCACAAGCGGCGGCGGCGGCGAUGGGCGGCGACCAUGGCGGGCACGGCCACGGCCACGGCGGUGGCGACUUCCGGCAGAAGGUAUGGAGCAUGACGGGCGGGCCCUACUGCCGGCCCGUGCACUGGCGCCGCAACACCGCCAUCGCCAUGUUCGGCGUCUUCCUCGUCUGCAUCCCCAUCGCCAUGAAGUCAGCCGAGCUCGAGCAACGCCCACAUCAUCCAGUGCGGCCGAUCCCAUCUCAACUUUGGUGCAAAAACUUUGGCAAGAAAGAGUACUGAAGGAUGUCUGAACUUGCUUGGAGGACUCCUGUUUUUACCUUAUUUUGUCAUAAUUUGUUCUCAGCUAUCAAUGCUGGAAGAAGUAUGUUACUAUGAGCGUACCCUGGAUGCUUCAUGUAACUCUUUUGACUUUUAUCAUGUCAUACAAGGAGUGUGCCUGUUGGUAACUCAAAUAAACGCGUGAUGCAUAAAGCCUCUGAUGGAUUUACUUUAGGGUUUAAUGCUCUGUUUGGGUUAUUCUUAUUUUCAUGAAAGUAAUGCUAACGUAUUAGUGAUAAA